UAUUUUAUUUUAUUAUUGCUAAUCUAAUUGGCUAAUGGAUGGCACAUCACACUAUACGGACAUUAAAUGACACGGUUUAAAGGAGGUUCCACUUAGCCAAUUUUCUUAUAUGAUCGGUCAGUAUAACUUAUACGAGGAUACUUGAAUAACUGGGCUGCAGAAGCGCAUGAUUGCCUGAAAAUACACAUAGAAACGCACCACACCUUCUUGUGCUCAUCACAGAUAGAUAGCCUUCUUACACCUUUGCUAGAUCAGUGGAUCACCGCUCCAUUGCCUUCCUUUUCUUAUUUCAAACAAAGUGAGUGACAGAUGACAAGCUCAACAGUACCUUUUCCAUCUGCCCCAAAAGGCUAUGGAUUCCAUCCAACCGAUGAAGAAUUAAUCAACCAUUUCCUGAAGUUAAAAAUGAUGGGUGGCUAUGAUCACGAAGUCGCCAUAAUUGCCGAGGUUAAUGUGUGCAAUUCUGAGCCUUGGGAACUGCCUGGGCUUUCAGAAAUUCAGUCAAAUGAUACAGUGUGGUACUUCUUUUCUCCUCGCAAUUACAAGUACUCCAAUCGUAAGCAGGCUAAAAGGACUACUAAGGCAGGGUACUGGAAACUCACUGGUAAUGAUCGCAUAAUCAGGGUUCUGAGCACAGGGGAGGAAAUUGCUAAAAAAAAGUCUCUGGUUUUCUAUAAGGGUCGUGUUCCUAAUAUAGUCAGGACCAAUUGGAUCAUGCAUGAAUAUAAUCCGACUUUCAACUUCCAUAACCAGAAGGACUUCGUUCUCUGCAAACUGAAGAAAAAUUCAGAUGAUAAGCUAACAUGUGAAGAAGGUGGAUCAAGUUCCAAUAUGGCUUCUGAUUUUCCAAACAAUGUGACUGAGGAAGAUCAUCUGGAAGCAUUCCUCGGAGUUGAUGGAGGAUAUUAUAAUUGAACUCUGCCCAAUAGCUUACAAAUGGGAUUGUGUACUGAGAAAAUCCCCCUCCGACAACGAGUUUUCGAUCAUCUAUGUCUGUCAACCUUUGCUAUAUAGUGCUUACUGCAGCCAACUUUAUGUUCUUAAAUAAGUUACUAUUUUGGUACUUGUAUGUAUGUGUUAAACGUGGGACUCGUCAGAGUUCAUAUGUAUUGUGUGUAGCAGAUAAGCCAUAGGAACAAAUUACCUCUAGUUGUUCUUCAUGGUGUUUCUCCUUGCUUGUUUUGCUAGAGUGGAAUUUAAUGCAUUUGACUUGUUUAUGACUUA